GUGGGUGUGUUACACCUCAAAAAAGGUUAAAAAAAGAAAAGAAAAAAGAGUAAAGUUAACACACCCAGACACCUACUACUAGGGUUCUUAUUAUUUUUGGCACACCCAUCUACUUGAAUUUUAACAAUUUUGUUGAUUUAUUCAGUCUUAGGAUAUAAAUAAUAAUUGUGGACCUAACCAUUAUUUAAUGACAAAUCAUGGGGUACAUUUUUGGUCUUUACUGAAUUUCAACUUCAGGUACUGGUACAUCAUAAUAUUUAUGUGAUCAGCUCAGCUGGUGUAGCUUCAGCAGCUUAAAGGUACCCAUUGUGUGUCUCCAUGUUGCCAGAGGAUUAGUGGACGGAUGGCUUAUGCAAAGACCGCCGCUCGUCUCAAGGGUUUGUUGAUCCAUCAGCUGCUAGUAAUUGCUAUCUGUUUGGCCAGCUAUCAGAAUGUAGUGGCUCGACAUGUGUCGCAUAAGCCAAGCCGAACGUCUUCCACAUCUGAACUGGCUAGUCCUCCCAAAAGUGGAAUCUUCGAACCAAUUGAGAUACCACCUGCUGUCAUCCCUCAUUAUCCUUGCCCGGGGAAAUCAUUGCCACCAAUGUACCCUUCCUUUCCGAAGACAUAUGACCCUGUCUUGACUGGAAGAUGCCCUGUAAAUUUCUCUGUCAUUUCAAGCAUCACAGAAAAAACAGCAUCUGAUUGUACUCUAUCUUUGUCAACAUUAGUAGGAAAUGUAGUAUGCUGUCCACAGUUCAAUAGCUUACUCCACAUAUUCCAGGGAUUUUACAGCAAGCGUUCUGAUACUUUAGUUUUACAAAGUCCGGUAGCUGAUGAUUGUUUUAGUGAUAUCAUCAGUAUAUUAGCUAGUAAAGGAGCAAACAGCUCCAUUUCUGGCCUGUGCUCUGUAAAGUCAUCAAAUCUAACUGGUGGGUCUUGCCCUGUGAAGGACAUUGGUACUUUCGAAAAAAUAGUGAAUACAAGCAAGCUAUUGGAGUCUUGUAGCAAAGUUGAUUCUCUUAAAGAAUGCUGUAGGCCUGUUUGCCAGCCUGCAAUUUCAGAGGCUGCACUUCUGAUCUCAGGGAUAAAGACGACUCUUGGUGUUAAGAACAUAGUUGGAGUACCUAGUGAAAUUGAUACACUUAAUGACUGUAAAGGAGUGGUCUAUUCAUGGAUUGGAAGAAAACUACAAUUUGAUGAUGCCAGUUCUGCGUUUCGGUUAUUGUCUUCCUGCAAAGUUAACAAAGUGUGUCCCCUGGAAUUCAAGCAACCAUUAGAAGUGAUCAAUGCGUGCAGAAAUUUAGCCGUCCCUAGUCCUUCAUGUUGUAGCUCAUUAAAUGCCUAUAUUGCUGGGAUACAGAAGCAGAUGUUGAUUACAAAUCGACAAGCAAUUAUAUGUGCCACCGCAUUUGGUUCUAUGUUACAGAAGGCCGGGGUCAUGACAAAUGUUUACGAGCUUUGUGAUGUUGACUUGAAAGACUUCAGUCUCCAGGAAGAUGGGCAAGAAGCAGGGUGUUUGCUUCGAAGUUAUCCAGCAGAUCUGGUGUAUGACAACUCAACAGGUUUCAGCUUUACUUGUGACUUAAAUGACAAUAUUGCUGCUCCAUGGCCUUCAUCAUCGACAGGCACGUCCUUGUCUCUUUGUGCUCCGGAGAUGUCUUUGCCAGCACUACCAACAUCAGAGACAUUGAAAAAUCAUAAGUUAAAGCCAUGGUGAGGCAUGAUCAAGAAGGCUCUCCAAACUUCAGAAUCAGACCAAAAGCACAAUAUUUGUUGCUAAUGAUGUUGGCACUCAUGUAUAGAGUUUGUAUAGCUCUUUUCAUUAUGUGCAAUAUCUCACUAACUAGUGCCUAUUCCAGUUGUUACAGUAAGUGUGGUCUUAUGGCCCCGAAAUGCUUGAAGUGCAGCCAAAUAUAUACCCUGACCUCAUGCUAAAGUGUCUAAAGGCCAAGGUCACAACUUCAGUAAAAAAUAUCCGAAGUUGGCCUUUGGCAAGUCAUACCAAACUUCAGGAAUAUAUUCUGAUGUUCAGAAGGCCACGGUUCAGAGAAAAAUGUCUGGAGUUUGCCAAACUUCAUACACAAAAUUUUGCAACUUCAAUUGCACAAGUAUGAAGUUGUUCCUGAAGUGGACAAACUCACAAUUUUUUUUUUUAAUUUUUUUUUUUUUAACUUUGGGUACAAAUUAAAUUGCGGCCCCAGAGUAUUUGUGCACUUCGCCCAUUAUUAUAAGUCUGAAAUCCAUGUUUCGAUCAGAAAACUUUUUCCCAAAACUCUCAUUUGAAAUGCCAAGAUAGGAAAGUGUCAUCCUUAUUUCUUGUUAGCAUCCAUUAUUUGCCUACCAUUGACAUCUGAUGCUUAUCACAUUUUUAAGUCUCCCUG